AUGUGCCAUCGCAGCAUUUUGUGGUGUGCGGUAGCCUGUGUGCUCAUAUUUUGCACAGUCUGCAUAGACGCAGCACAAGUCGAUUUUGUACCCAAUACAUUUGUCAUUGAGUUCGAUCGACCCAUCCACUCGUUUGCAUCAAAGCGACAUGUCCUUAGCAAAAGAUCGAUAUUUUACCAGCAAUUGGAAGCGUACAACAUUAGCUACCAGGUUCGCCAUGAAUAUGAAGUGAUCAAUGCAGUGUCCAUUGCGUUUAAAUCACCACAAGAUUCCUCUCUGUUCUUUGAAAAGGCAUUGGGUGUCAAAAAAGCAUGGCCUGUGAAUACGGUGUCCAAGCCAAGCGUGUAUCAUGCAAAAAGCCAUGAUAGCAAUGAUCAUGUUUCAUCGCUGUUUGAGCUCUACAAUGCCACUGGUAUUAGCAGAGUGAGGGAUGAAUUAGGCAUCACAGGCCAAGGCAUCAAAGUAGGUAUCAUCGAUACAGGCGUGGAUUAUAUGCAUCCCGCUUUGGGCGGUUGCUUUGGUGAAAACUGUCGUGUUGCUUAUGGCUAUGAUUUCGUGGGCGAUGAUUAUACUGGAGAAAACACACCCAAUCCUGAUGACGAUCCUAGAGAUACAUGCAAUGGCCAUGGCACUCAUGUCACUGGCAUCAUUGGUGCAAGGGACACAACAUUGCAUUUUACAGGCAUUGCUCCUAAUGUUACUUUUGGUGCUUAUAGAAUCUUUGGCUGCUCUGGCAGCAGCUCGGACGACGUGAUUAUGAAAGCCAUGGAAAAAGCCUACCUUGAUGGUAUGGAUAUCAUUAAUUUGUCGUUGGGAGAUGUUGGAUGGCCAGAAUCGCCUGCAUCCUUAUUGGCUGACGAACUGGCCUUGAAGGGCAUGAUUGUAUGUGCUGCUGCUGGAAACGAAGGGUCCAAGGGUAUGUUUGAAGUCGGUGCUCCUUCACUUGGUAAACACGCCUUAUCCAUUGCCAGUGUUGAUAACAUGCAUGUGCUCUCUCACACCAUUCGACUGCAAAACAACCUCACAUUUGGGUACUUGACGGCCAGUGGUGCCAUUUUUAAUACGACAACCGCCCGUCUCAUUGCGUCGUCUGAUGAAUUCUUGGCUGAUCGAGAUGGCUGCGACCCACUCAAGGUGAAUGCUAUGGGGAGAAUCGUCUUGAUGAACCGUGGUGGUUGCAUGUUUUCUCAAAAGAUCCUAAACGCACAAGAAGCAGGUGCUAUUGGUGCUAUCAUCUACAACAAUAUCCCUGGUCCAGUGACUCCAUCGAUUCCUGAUGGCAAGGUGAAUAUUGACUAUGGCGGUAUCUCCAAGGCAGACGGUGAUGAGUUGUUUCACUACCUCAAGAAAAAUCCAGAUGCUGACUUGGUAGAGUUCUUGAAGCAAGAUUUGAGUUUCCCUGUGCCAACGGCUGGCUCCAUUAGUGAGUUCAGUUCAUGGGGUCUAGGGCCUGAUCUAAGCUUGAAGCCUGAUAUCAGUGCUCCUGGAGGACAAAUCUAUUCGAUAUAUCCUGUGAACCUUGGUAGCUAUGCAACCCUUAGUGGCACAAGUAUGGCUAGCCCCUAUGUCGCUGGCGUCGUCGCAUUGCUUCAGGAGUCCAGAGGCGGCAACCGUGCUAUUUCUGCCAAGGAGGUGCGAACAAUGCUGAUCAACAACGGCCAUCCUUUCAAGAUCCUCAAUUCUGAAUCACUGGAAUCUGUAGCAAGACAGGGAUCGGGUCUUAUCGAUGUCUACCAUGCAAUCAAGUCGGAUACCACCGUCUAUCCUGAGCAGAUCCGUCUCAACGAUGCAGAACAUAGUGCUGACAACAAUGAAUACACGUUUACUAUCAGAAACAAUGGUCGACUCGCCUCAGAAUACUCGAUCAGCCACAUGGCAGCCAGCACUGCACAAGGAUACAGAAUGCAGGGCACCAGUAAGGCCAUCUUCCCCCUCGAGAAGCCCAUCAUUCUCUCCAAUCACGAAGCGGAUGCCGUGGUCGACAUUUACAGCCCACUUGUCUUGGUAGAGGCCAACGAAGAGCUCAAUGUCACUGUUCGUAUUGCACCUCCAGUCAACGCUGCAUCCAUACCACCCUCCAUCUAUUCAGGAUACAUUGCCAUCAGUAAAUGCAACGAACGAGAAGAUGUCAAGUACGUGCCUUAUGCUGGAUUUACAAGCAGCCUUUCACAGCUCCCUGUAUUGCUAAUCAACAGUACAACACCCAACCUCCUCAGUCAACGCAUCAACGUCUUCUCGCCUGCUCUUUUAUCCAUGCAACUAGCAGAGCCAUCGCCACUCCUCAGUGUAUCCGUCGUCAAUGCAGCCGAUAUCAAUCAAAACUACGGUCUCAUUCCUGGCGGCUAUUCAAGAUAUGUAGGAAAAAACAACAUCGAUGACCCUACGGAUGUACUGAUUAUGUCUUGGUACGGCAACAUUGCCACUACGCCGGAGCAAGCUUCAUUGAGCCCAUUUUCAAGACAGAGCAAGACACAGGAUAUCAAGGCGUCAGUAAAAGAUCUCUCUGCUACAGCCAUCAACGAGCAUGUCUCUCAAAUUGGCACCAAACUAGAGAAAGGUGUCUACAGACUCAAGGUGAUGGCACUCAAGCCAUUUGGUAACGAGGACAAUGAUCAGGACUAUGACAUUUGGUACUCACCAGAGAUCGUGUUGGAGUAG